CGGCGAAGGAGAGAGAGCACGGCUGGGGCUGCUCCCGGACCCACCGAGGAGGACCAGCCAGCCUGCCGGCCCCCUCCCCCCGACCACACCAUACCUUCACAGCUAUACCCGCUCACCCCCAAUCCAUCCACCCCCCCUCUCGGACCCUCCCUCUAAAUCCCUAUUUAUUUAUAGGUGUUGGGGGGUUCCCUGCAGAACACAAGAGGGGGGAGGGUGCACCAGGCGUGCAGGAUUUUUACCUUCAUGAUUAUGGGCGACAAGAAGAGCCCGACCAGGCCAAAACGGCAAGCUAAGCCUUCAGCGGAUGAGGGAUAUUGGGAUUGUAGUGUGUGCACUUUUAGGAACAGUGCAGAAGCCUUUAAAUGCAGUAUAUGCGAUGUCCGGAAAGGAACGUCCACAAGGAAGCCUAGAAUAAACUCCCAGCUAGUGGCGCAGCAAGUUGCUCAGCAGUAUGCCACCCCACCGCCUCCGAAGAAGGAGAAAAAAGAGAAGAUUGAAAAACCUGAAAAGGAAAAAACGGAUCGAGAAAAACUAGAAAAGGAAAAACCUGAAAAGGAUAAGCUGGACAGAGAGAAACUGGACAGAGAAAAAAUGGACAGGGAUAAGCUGGACAGAGAGAAACUGGACAGAGAGAAACUGGACCGGGAUAAGCUGGACAGAGAAAAAAUGGAAAAGCUAGACCGCGAAAGAUUAGACCGCGAGAAAAUAGAUAGGGAAAAAAUGGACCGGGAGAAACUGGACCGUGAAAGGCUAGAUCGGGAAAAAUUGGACAAGGAAAAGAUGGACAGAGAAAAGACUGAGAAGGAUAAGACUGAUAAAGAGAAACCUGAAAAAGAGCAGAAAGUUGAAAGAGAGAGGCAUGAAAAGGAAAAACCAGAGCGGGAGAUUAGUACAAGUGUUGUCAAGAAGACAUCUUACAAAAAGACACGACCAAAGCCAGAUAUACACAGAAACCCUGAAAAUGAAAUGAACAGUAUUCAGUCUGCAAAUGCAACAAAGAUCAGUAACUUUAACCACACUUCAAGGCCCAGGCUGAAGAACGUGGACAGAAGUACUGCACAGCAGCUCGCAGUAACUGUGGGAAACGUGACCGUAAUAAUCACAGACUUUAAAGAAAAGACUCGUUCUUCUUCCACCUCAUCCUCCACAGUCACCUCCAGUGCGGGCUCGGAACAGCAGAACCAGAGCGGCUCUGGCUCAGAAUUCACAGACAAGGGUUCCUCCCGUUCCUCAACCCCUAAAGGCGACAUGUCCGUUGUGAAUGACGAGUCAUUCUGAAAGGAACACAAAAUAUUGCACAUACAUUGGGCAGAAGAGACUCCGAAUCGUGGUCAGGAAUUCCCAGACACCCGCCUGCCUCGUCUCUUUAUAUUCUUGGAUUAUAAUAUUAUUAUUUUUAUUUUAUUUUAUUUUUUCCAGACUGAACUCAUUUGGUUUGUUCCUUUCUCGGACCCUAACAAUUGCUCCACCCAGGACCAUUUCUGCUCGACAUGGGAACCUGCAAACUAUUGUACCGUCAAGAAUGCCCCUUAACAACUGCGUAUUCCAUGAUUUUUUUAGCAUUUCCCCAGCAAUCAUUUGUAAUUGGAUGUGCACCUAAAUCUCUACUUUUUAUACAGAUCUACUGUUUUUUUUCCUAUUUUUAUUAUUUUUGUUUAUUUUGGAAUUUAUUUAUUGCAUUGACAACUCCUUUAUUUGCUUUUGCCGAGCCCUCACUUUAUUCCCGCCCCCCCAUGUGUUUUGCCUUCCCCCAGCUCCUUUCCUGUAAUACAGCAUAUUAUCAAUUUUUAUACAUCAAUAUAUAUAUAUAAAGUAUAUAUAUAUAAAUAUAUAUAAAUAAAUGGUUAUUUAAAA